AGCCUGGGCGCCUGAGUGAAACUUUGGGAAGAUCCAAUCUGCCUUGCUCCACCACAUGCAUACCGAGACAAGGCAAUCGACCAAUCAACAACCCCGCGCCUUCCCCACUAGUCUCCCGCGGUUUUAGCCGGCGAAGAAGGACGGGAAUUAGGAUAAACAAAUCCGGAAAUCUGUGUCCCUGGAUAACCUUUUUUUUAAACAUUACAGCAGGUUCAUAUACUCAACGUUGGCAAGAGAUCCAAGCAAAGAUGGAGACUAGUACCAGUUUCUUUGGGACGGGCAUGACGACAGCUGAUCCCUCGAUGGCGACGGGAGACGUUCUAUGGAUGUUGAUCAGUGGGUUCAUCAUGUCUUUCAUGUUGGCUUGUGGUCUAGGAGCUAAUGAUGUAGCUAACUCCUUUGCUACGUCUGUAGGUGCUAAGGUGCUGACCCUACCAUGGGCUUGUGUGUUAGCUUCUAUCUUUGAGACGGCUGGGGCGGUGUUGCUUGGUGCCAAGGUGUCGGAUACGAUCAGGAAAGGUAUCUUUGAUGUCGGUCUCUAUGACGGUCAGGAAGAGGUCUUGAUGCUUGGACAAGUGUGUGCCCUUGGAGGUGCUUGUAUUUGGUUGCUGCUAGCUACAUGGCUGAAGAUGCCAGUCUCUGGAACACACAGCAUUGUGGGAGCUAUGCUGGGAUUUCAUCUUGUUGUCUUUCAGUUGGAAGGCAUUGCUUGGAAACAAUUUGGAUUCAUUGUUGGAUCUUGGUUCUUAUCACCGGUCAUGUCUGGUUUCGUAUCCAGUAUCAUCUUUGUCAUCUACAGGAAGAUUGUUAUUGACAAGGAGAAUCCCCUUGAGCCUGGUCUGAGAGUUCUUCCGUUCUUCUAUGCUCUUGUUCUCAUCCUCAACUGUAUAUCAAUCUUCAUUGAUGGACCUGAAAUGCUGUAUCUUCAUGUCAUCCCAGUAUGGGGGGUCAUGAUUCUGAGUUUUGGAGUUGGUAUCAUAACUGGUCUUAUCGUCUUCUUCUUCUUGGUACCAAGGUGGAGGAAACAACUUCAAGUUUUAUCCGAGACAUCAACGUAUACGCGCAGUGAUGACCUACAGGAGGUCAAAAUGGACACAGAUGUUAAAAUACCCCUGUCAGAUGAAGGUAUUGAUGUUGAGAUAGUGGAUGGGAAGAUGAAGGAAGAGAAUGAAGCUGCUGUUCCAGUGGAGCAAGAUAGUAUGAUUAGUUCAGGUCCUUCGUCAAUGACCAGCUCGCCUGAUACCAAGCACUGCACUCGCUUUGGAAAGCUCAAUACUGGCAAAUGGAAGCGGUUGCUAAGCAAAGAUUCUACUGAAGGAGAGAGUAGGCAAGAAUCAGAAGCCUGGAAGAGUGUGAAAGACCAUCCGGUGGUUGCUAAGCUAUGCACUCCUCUACAGAUCUUAUCCGCCAUCUUUGCUGCAUUCGCACAUGGUGGCAACGAUGUUAGCAAUGCCAUUGGUCCCUUGGUAGCAUUGUGGACUAUCUAUGCGAACGGUAACGUAGACCAGAAGUCUGGAACACCUAUAUGGAUCCUGGUCUACGGGGGUGCAGGGAUUACCAUUGGUCUAUGGUUGCUAGGACGGAGGGUCAUUGAGACUGUAGGAUCUAACCUUACACCUAUAACACCAUCAAGUGGGUUUAGUAUAGAGCUAGGAGCCGCUGCUACUGUUCUGCUAGCAUCUAACAUUGGUAUACCUAUCAGCACAACCCACUGCAAGGUAGGAUCAGUCGUAGCUAUCGGGAAGGUGAGAUCUGCAGCGACGGUGCAAUGGCGUCUGUUUAUAAACAUCAUCAUCGCAUGGAUAGUGACUGUUCCUGCUACAGCUGCCAUUAGUGCAGCGCUCAUGGCAGGCCUACUAAGAGUCUUAUAAUGAUACGUCAAUCCUAGACUAUAGAUCCAGGUCUAGACCGUGAUCUGGAUUGAACUACCACUGCUGGCCAGCUUACAUCGAGAGUCUUAUAUUGAUACAUUACACAUCAGUGGCUACACAAUGGAUCCAGGUCUACUUCUGGAGUAGUAGACCCUGUCUUGGAUUUUAACUGGUCCUACGACUUCUUGACAGACUGUGUGCUGCCCUUCUGUGCUGCUUUCUCAGUGUUUUACAAUGAUACACCAAACAUCACAGAGACACAAUGGAUCGAGUGAUGGCCUACUGAAGAAGGUCUGGACUCUAUAAGUCCAGACCUCACAGUGAUAGGCUUUAGUUUAUGUGGGCUUUUUCAGAUCCAGGAUCUAGGAUCACAGGUUCAAUGUGGACGAUGGACUUUGUGUGCGUCUUGCUCAACUUACCUGACAGUGUUGGUAGAGGGAUUGAGAUUGCAUCUGAUGGCUGAAGAUGUAUUGAAUUACUUGACCCUUUUCCAUCCUGACACUUGUCCUUAAUAACCCCUUGUAUGCCACCAAGUUUCCCAUUCCCAAAUGAGUCUUCCCUGUUGACUUGUAAUGAUUGUUUCAUUGUUAAAUUGGCCAUUAAUAUCUUCUAUUUUUAAAGAUAGGAUUGUUGUGUAGUGCUUUAUUCAAUUGAAUUUCAGAUUACCUGUGAGUUCAAACACUUGCCUGCCUCCAAAAGGAUACAAUUUUAAUUUUAUUUGUUUCUAUCCAAGCUGGAUGUAUUUUAACUAGGAAGAAUUCAUUCAUGCAGCACCAUAAUUACAUCUAGCUUAAGUUAAAGCUAUUUGGAAGCGUCUAGGUAGUCACUAACAGAUGUUAACUUAAUAGAAACCUGUCUAUUACUCUCCUACAUGUAUGUGGUCAUUCAAGGUUUAAAUGUGUUAAUCUUGACUACUUCUUUUAAUGUUUGGACGUGUCUUCUAUGUUUUUUAGGUUUUAUACUGGCCUGUCUGAAACUACUAUGCUGCAACUAAAGUUUGACUUGCUGGUUUUUUUGCUGCCAUUUUGAAUGUAUAGAAAACAAACCCAAGAUUGUAUAUUUUGAAGCGUUUACAGGAAAGAUUAUGUGCUACGUGUAUAUUAAGAGGCCUGAGAAUUAUUUUUGUUAAUGGCUCGUCCAGUUUUGAAUGAUUCAUUCCCUAAUUGAUCUCCUGAAGUCUGUAUGGAUAAGGUAUGGCUGACUGUUACAGGUGCUGUGACACCAAUCAAAGCUAUUGAAUUGAAUUAAAAAGGCUUUUUGAUAAAAUAUUCAAAGUCAAAGCUGAUACAUCUUUAAUUUACAAAUAAAAAUGCAACAUUUAAGAUACAUGCAAAGAGCAUGAUGCAAAAUAGGCAAAUACAAAAUUUAGACAUUCAGUAGUGAAAUUGAUAUGAAAGGAGUAGAAUGAAAAAGGAACAGAAAAUGAAAGAAAAGAAAUGAAAAAAGAAUAAAAGGAAGGACACAUGGUUGAUAGUGAAGUAAGAGUUUACAAUUAAUAUUUUUGUAAGACCAGUUAUAAAAUUCUGUAAACGAGUACAAAUUCAGAAAUGAAACCGAUUUAGACCAGUGUAACAAAUUUAGACACCUUUUUAAUUAACGAAAUAGCCUUGUCAAUAAAAGCUUUGAAAUUCAGUUUUCAGUAGGACUACUGUAUCGUAAUGUAUGGCCUGUUCAAUCUCACAUUUAGGAGACCAAUUUUAGAAUGAUGUCAACUGGCAAUUUUGGCUGAGAAAUACACAUGUACUGUAGAUACAUUGUAGUUAUGGUAUAAAAAGUUGACUAAAAAAU